GGUCAUCAUUGAUGCACUACUUUCUACAUCUCACGAAAUGUUCCUAUGGGCGAGAUUACAAGUCGAACGAAUUUGUCGCUAGGCUGUCGAAGAGGAUGUCGUGGCAGUCCUUCGAGACAACCUCCCCCAGGAUCUUGACCUUCUUUACCAAGAGUCUCUUGAUUACAUUUCCCACUCUGGGGAAAUAGCCCAAGGCAUUGCCACAAUAGUCCUGUCUUGUGUUCUACACAUGAUAGAACCGCCGAGACCACGAGCCCUACUAACGGCCAUAGCCGCUGAAAAAGGCUUGGACUUGAACUUGGCACAACUGUUAGUGAUUUGUGCCAACCUUGUCGUCUUAGACGGCAAGUGCGACACACUACGGUUUUCUCAUCGGUCAGUUCGCGACUUCUUGAGUCACCGCUGGGCCUUUUUACCUGGCACAGCUCACCAUAAUCUCGCCUCUCUGUGUAUCGGAGUCUGCUCGCGAGGACUAGAUCCUGUAUCCAUCGACGGGGUGCAAAUUCCAAGCGACGAUUUUUAUACCUACGCAUCCAUGUACUGGCCGGUCCACUCCAAGUUGGCAUUAAAGUUUGGCAAAGACACACUUACUACGAAACGUGUCGAAAACGAUGUAACAACAUUCAUCUUUGAUGAGGAUUGGGAUACCACACUUUGUUAAGAGAGCUGGACGGUGAACGCCCAUAAGAUCGCUCUACUUCUUUCAAGAUACCAUGCCCUGAAAGGCCAAAUAAGUGCGAUUGACUCAUCAAAU